UCCGGCCGGCGCGCGCAACACCAAGCCGCUGCGCAGGCGCAUGUCAGUUAGGGGAGCUAUCAAGAAAACACGCUCCAUUAAUGUCGACUCGGAAACUCUAGGCAUGGAAGGGGAAUACGUGGGUCCCCAUCUGGAAAGGAAGCCGUCUUGGCUGGAAGUAGAUCCGAUAUUGGGCCGGAGUCCUUCACCUGAGGACGCUAAAAGAAGAGCUAUUACUAAAGGAACUUCGACAACUAGUUUAGGCAUCGUGCCUCCUACUAUUGAAGUGACUAAAGAGCAAACGCCUUCGCCACCUAAAGAAGAAGGCGCAGUAAAUAAAAACAUAUCUUCAAUAGUUCGUAACAGAACGAUAUCCGAGUCACAGAACGUCGUAUACGCGGAGCAGGAGACCGACGAGCUGAUCGCCAUGCUGAGAGAAACUGAGAGCUUGGACGAACAAGGCGAUAUUUUACAAUACCUCGUGGAUACACAGGGACUCGAAUUUAAUACAG